AUGACAACCUCCCAAUUGCCGUACUGUUUGCGUAAGAACUUUCUCUUUCCAGGAAAUGCCAUCUAUGAUUUCUUCAUUGGCCGCGAACUUAAUCCUCGGAUUGGUACUUUUGAUCUCAAGUACUUUUGUGAAUUGCGCCCCGGAUUGAUCGGAUGGGUGGUUGUGAACUUGGUGAUGCUUUUGGCUGAGAUGAAGCUACAGGAUCGAGCUGCUCCAUCGUUGGCGAUGAUUUUGGUUAACAGUUUCCAGCUCUUGUAUGUGGUGGACGCUCUCUGGAACGAGGAAGCAUUGUUGACGACCAUGGACAUCACCCACGAUGGGUUUGGAUUCAUGCUGGCUUUUGGAGAUUUAGUGUGGGUUCCCUUUAUCUACAGCUUUCAAGCCUUUUAUCUCGUCAACCAUCCCAAUGAAGUGUCCUGGCCCAUGGCCUCUCUAAUUAUUGCUCUGAAACUUUGUGGAUACGUAAUCUUCCGAUGUGCAAAUUCUCAGAAAAAUGCAUUCCGGAAGAAUCCCAGUGAUCCAAAGCUUGCACAUUUAAAAACUAUCCAUACUUCAACCGGAAAAAAUCUUCUAGUUUCUGGAUGGUGGGGCUUUGUUCGUCACCCCAACUAUUUGGGUGAUCUCAUCAUGGCCCUGGCGUGGUCCCUCCCCUGUGGUUUUAAGCACAUUCUGCCCUAUUUCUACGUGAUCUACUUCGCCAUGCUGUUGGUGCACCGUGAGGCGCGUGACGAGCGCCAGUGCCGGACGAAGUACGGCCGGGCCUGGGAGCAGUACCGCCAACGCGUGCCCUACCGCAUCGUCCCCUACGUCUACUAGCCCUUCGCUGGGGCCCGGACGGCGUCUGUCUUCUCCGGUCAGGACUGUGGGGCUGAGUGGCCUCUUCACCUUGCCACGUUUAUUGUUAUUAAAUCACAACAAUUAACAGAAGGAAACAGGUAAAGGUGUUAGAAUUUGCUUUCUAAUGGGAAAGGAUCCAUUCUUAAAGAAUACCAUGGGUGUCUGGGUUUUGGUGACUUUUCAAAUUGUGAUUGUUUUUGUCGGUGGUGUUUCUUACAUGAAACCAACUGUGACCUUCGAAGCACAUUUAUGUUUGGUUAUAUUCAGAGAAGAGAAUUUUCAUCCAUUUCCUUUGGAAUUAAAUCAUCUACUAGUUAAGUGAUUUGAGUGUAGACCCCCGUCCUGCAUUAACUGCGUUCUGCGAAGAGUGGGGGAGAGCUCGUUAGCAGCCACGGAUGAAGGGGGAGCGUUAGGAGCAGUUCACUUACCCUCAGCUUCUAGAACUGCAUUUGAAAAUGUAAAUACAUAGCUUUCAUGUAAUAUAUGGGGACUUCAGAUUUUUCUGUACAGUAUUUUGAAUGUGACAUAGUCAGGAACUAAGUAUGUUUUUAACGAAAACAUUUGCAGUAUUUUAAAUUAAGUUUUAUAAAGUAAUACAUGUCAAUUAAAAAUUGCAAAACAAUUAGAAUUCAUUUAAUGUUGUAUAAAGAUGCUGUUAAAACAUAGGAAGGGUAUUUUUCUCAAUCCAAAGUUUGUGAAUUUGGCUUUGCUACCUCAACUGCAGCCGUUCAUUUGCCUUUAUAAACUUUUGCUGAUAGAAAAAAAUAGAAUAUAUAUUUUUGCAGUAGCAUCACUAUUUAAACAUUUUUACACAGAUUGGUGUUUGAAGACUUGCCAUUUCAGGCUGAUAUUUUUGUAUGUUUUUUUUUACUUUUUUUUAAAUAAAGCCGUGGCUUUGCUACUGCUGAGGUUGCGCCGUUCAUACUGUAUUUUGUACCUCCCUCCCGCCGAGUCACAGACCACUGCUCCCUGAAGGAGGCGUUCACCUAAAACAAAUGUUCCAAAGCACUUCUCCACUGUAGUUUACUGCAUGUGUGUAGGGUGGCUGUGGCUAUUAAAUUCUAGUUGAUGGAGUCUCAUUAUUAAUUGUCCUAGAAUGGAACAGUAGCAAAUUCACUAAAAUUUUGUGUUCAAAGUUAAAUUGUUCUAUCUUAAAUAUAGGGGAAUCUAAUGAAUAUAGUGUGUAUGUUUGGGUUUUGAAGGAUGCAUUUUACAUACAAGACACUUGGGUGCAUGUCUGUGCUGUGCGGCCGCAGGCAGUGGAGCCGGCCUCCGUCAGUGUGACCCUGAAGUCGGUUUGCUCUUGAAAGCUUGUUUUGGGGCAGUUGUGCAUGUUUUCUUCGCACUAACGGAAGCAGGCAGCUUUUUGAUUCUGCUUUUCUCCGGUGUCGGAAAGCGUGUCCCCGCGUGCUCUGUGCUCGACUGACCAAGGAAGCUGUGGGGCAGAAAGGAGGACAUUUCCUUCUCUCUCCGGGAAUGAGAAAAGAGCCUUUGCCAGCAUAGUGUUGCCGUUUCUGAUCUCAGCUAUAAUUUGUUCAUUUUGUUUUUGACACAUUUGACAAGUUUUAUGAUGAAGUUUUAAGUUGGAAAUAAAGUUGGAAAUAAAAAAGA